CAUUAUUUGAGAGAUACUUGUACUUGUUCUCAGGGCAAGCUGGAAUUCAAGUUUGUUUCGAGCCCUGUAGCUAAAAAUAUCCUAGUGUCAGUGUUUGAUAGCAAAACCAAGAUAGGAGGAAAGGUGAGAGAGUGAAUCCACCAUAUAGGCCUUAUUCUCAAGGUAAUCAAUACUGGCAACAGAAAUCCCAGGAGAGUCUAGAAAUAGCCAAUCUUGUGAUGCAAAUUUUACUCAUGUGGACAGCUCAAGCAGAUUUACAUGCAUUUUCAUCCCCCAAGAAAACAUCUGUGCAAUGCAUGUGCUGACGUUAUCUAUGGAAGAAGUGGGUAUCAUGUUUGAAAUGAACUUGGGAGGGAUCACCUCAGGAAUAAGGCCUACAUGUUUAUAGAGGAUUAACUCUCUUGCAAAACUUAAUUCUGUCAUUUAUUAUUCCAAACAGUUGAUGACACCAUCUUCGAGUGGGUUCAAGCCAACUCCAGUCCGAGGGCGAACUCCACAAGUAGUGGCCCAUAACACAUACAAUCCAAAGUCACCAGUGCUUUUAACACCAAACAGAAACCAACUGCAACAACAACAACAACAAUCUGUGAAGGUUGUGAAAGUAUUUUCAUCUCUUCCUUCAGCAAGCCAGUCACAAACUGCUCCAAAACCACUGGUGCAGAUUGUGCCGAGUCCUCAGGGACAACUCCAACAGCAGGGCAACAGGGUGGUGGCAGAUGUGUCACCAAGAGUUGUAUCGGUACAGUCAUUGCAACAAGGUCAGAGUUUACAGGUCAACCAAGCACAGCCUAUAAGAACUGAUGGGAAUGCCCCUUCACAGCAGAAGGUCACAGUUCAAAACCUUGUGUUAUCGUCCGGGCAUAAAAUUCACCUACAAACACCAAUUACACAGGAUUUGACCUCCAAGCCAAGCAAUGCACCAACAUACCAAGUUAGAGCACUACCACUUCAGCCAUCACAACAACAACAACAACGACAACAACAGAUGCAAAUUAAGAACACCAAUGCAGUGACACUGCAAACAACACCGGUGUCCCAAAAUCAGCUUCCGCAGCAAAUCAAUGCACCAGUAAGAUCAUCGGCAAUUUCGUCCAGCUACAAACCUUUAGAGUCAUUACAAGAAGUCAACAGGCAAGCAACUCAGGGAUCUGUAGUUUCUCCUGUGUCUGCAGUUAUUCCAGAGGCUAAGGAGCCCACCAAGCAGUCACCCACAGAGAUCAGGAAUCAAGUCACUGUCCGCGACAGAUACCGGUAUAUUGUCCCCACACCGCAGACUUCAUCCAUGGCAGUGACCACUGCUGCAGCUGGUCCUAGCACCCAGCUUGUUCAGACAUCACCGGUGAACCCUGCAAUUCCAGCCGGGGUACAACCUGUAAACCACGCUGCUGUCAAUCCAGUGUUGCAGGUUCAAAUUAAACAGGAACCAAAACAUGCUGUACCAGUGAGCCCCUUACCUUCGACAGGCCCAAAUAUCCAGAUAUCGCAAGUUCAUUCUGGGGCCCCGGCGGUAGCAGCAUCAACGGGCCUGAUAGUUAAAGUGAAAACUGAGAAGGAAGACAGGCCAAUGGUGAACGGGAUCAAGCGAGCGCACGACGAGGAUGACGUCAUAGAGCAGCCAGUCGUCCAAAAACCGCGCAUGGAGACUGAAGUUAUAGUCAUCGAUUCCCCACCACCCCCUCCCCAAGAGGAAGAAACAUUCGAACCAGUCACAAACGACAAUGAACUUGCUCUAGAAGGCGUCGAUAACGACCUGAUAAUCAAACUAGGGAAACUGAGUAAAGAGGAACAGUGGAUCAAACUGGCGCAAUCUGCUCAGCAGUUGAGACAUCUUCGUGACAAUGUAUGCAAACUCUUGAGAGUACUGGUACCGGAAAUAGAACUGGGCGACAAAUCAGAAAUACUCGAUGACACCAAAGUGGAUAAUCUUUUAAAACAAGUGUUGGAGGCGAAUUUAAAUACCGACACCACACAGUCAUAAUUCUCUUCGAUCGUUUAACGUACUUUAGUUUUUUCUAUUUUUUUAAAGCGUUCUCGUUUUAUAAUCUUUUGCACGUCCAGUACUGAUUUAGUUCCUGAGAUUCAAAGAAGCCUGUGAAUAUUUUACUGUUCAAGUGAGUAGCUAUGCAACAAGAUAAUGGGCUGAAUAAGACGGACAAAGAAGAGUGCUGUUUUAAACGAAGGGAAAGCGGUGUCUGUAUUUUUAAAAUCUUCAGACGCUAUAACUUAUGACGAUUCGUAACAAUUGUCGUGUAGACGUUUACAUGAAACAAAUCUAAUCGACUGCUUUUCCGUUCACACAACCUAACACAAACGCUUAAAUAAGUUUGGGAAAACCUAACACACCUUUUGAAGGAAGGGUUCAUUCACUCUGAGUACUUCCAAUCUCUCACAAACAAGCGCACGUCACGAUAUAACUUUCUUCUUGGGCCUACAUUCAUUUAAUUUAUAUGCCGGGUUGGGGAGGGGCUGGGAGGUUUUCGACCCUCUUGGGGAAAAAAUCGAAUGGUUCUGUUUUUGUUCCACACCCUUGUUCUUAUUCCUUGCUCGGUCACUCGUAUAGAUCAAAACUGUAAUUAUCAACGACUCUCCGCGUUACUGUAUGGUAACGCGUUCCCUCAAUUGGCGUGGUAUUCCUUCUACUUGAUGUUUUGUAAAUGGUAGUUAGCAUUUGGUAACUGAUUGUAGACUGGUCAGGAACAAGAGAUCGAUAUGAAGCCGCCUUUUAAGGAACUAUUUUGAAACGUCGACUAAUUCCUCAGAAGGAUCUCUUUCAACUUUGCGUUCACUUCAUUACGUUGUCCAACAGUAAAUUCCGCUCGGAGAGGAUCUCGGUACUAGUGUCCCAAGCUCGAUUUCCGCCGCAUUCUCGGGUCCGGCCGCGUUCGUCCCCGUGAAGAGUGAGACGAGCGCGGGCUCAUUUCCCGAAACAGCGGCUGGUAAUCGAACCUAGAUUUCUGUAGAAUUUAAUGAAACGAAACGAUGUUUGUACUAGUAUAAAUAGGGAUUAGAUAGAGGGCUGGGGUAGUUAGACAAAUUGUGAGCCUCAAAUAAAAUUGCUUACCAGACUCACUAUUCUCAAAUGCUUGUGGCCUUCAUUCAAUCUCGUUCCCAGGGUUCUCUCUCUACCUUGAGGAAGAUGGAGGACCCUGGAAACAAGGGGUGCCAUCGUCAAGAAACUGUUCAAUGCACAGAUGAGAGUUGCAUGACGGGAAACUGCACGCCAAAUAAGGGAUUCCCGUGUUCCCUUCUGCUUGGAUUAAAGAAAAGUCCUGUUGCACCUUUCACAUGGGAGUGAGUUUUAUCGCAAAAGAAUGCAAACGCACGAGACACGUCUUUAUGAACAAUUUCCAACCACGACUAGUUCAGAAAUGGCCCAUUUAAUGGCAAAAACACUACCAACUGAGCAAUUGCUGGUGGCGUAAUAUUACACCUGCUCAAAUUCAAAGUUGUUCUUUAAUCAGAUUCAGACAGUUUCUCUACUGGCUGAGGAUGUUCGUAGAGAUUAAAUUAACAGGGAAGGCACGACGGGAAGGAAAAGGUGUUAGACUGUAUUUAACUAUGGGCGCUUUUCAUUCGACCAAAACUUCAGAAAAUUUCGAAAAGGGGACAAAUGGUGACGGAAUUUCGGAAAGUUUCAUAGACUGCAAGCAGUCUCUCUUUUCCUCGAAAAUCCGUGGGGAAGAACGCAAAACAAGUAAUCCUAUGUGCGCGACCAGCGAGCCGCUAGUAGCGCGGGCGUCGGAUCGCCAAUCGCACGUCACGCUCACAGUCACGCUCGCACGCUUACUUGUCUUAAGUUUAAGUUGCGUUCUUCCCUACGAUUUUCGAGGUAAAGAGAGACUGCUUGCAGCCUAAAAGUUUCCAGAAAAUCCGGAAAUUGUUGAAUUUCCGGAUUCCGGAAGCG